GAAGAAGAAGAAGAAGAAGUCAGCAUCGCAGCAAAGAAAUUACUGAAGACUGAUAUCUGUUUUCACAGGAUGGAGAACAACAGGGAUGAAGACUCUUCUACAGUCAAUGUCAACAAUGCCAAACGUCCUCUUAAUACUGAGGAAGUGGAAGCAAUAACAGUCCAGCACUCUUUUCUGUUGUUGAUGUGUUUGGGGGUGUUAAGUGUCGUGCUGGCUGCAAAAGUCCUCUACAUGGCUAUGGUGACGACCAAGCAGCAUGAAAAUAUCAACAGCCUUGCAACUGAAAAACGUCAACUGGUUGAUCAACAAAAGAUGAUGAAGAACCAGAUCGAGGAUAUGGCCCGAGAGAGAGACUCGAUCUGGGUCGCCGAAGGAAUUAUCAAAGAAAAAGAUGAACUAAUCCAAGAUUUAGAGGAGUUUCAACGAGACUUAUUGGAAAUGAUCCGAGACAGAGAGAGGCUGAAACAAGACACAGAGGAGCUGAGAAAAGACAAAGAGGAGCUGAGACGAGACAGAGGGGUGCUGGACAAAGACGAAGAGGAGUUUUUCCGAGACAGCGAGAAGCUUAGAAAAGACAAAGAGGAGCUGAGCCAAGACAUAGAUGAGCUGAGCCAAAGAAAGCAGGAGAUGAAUCAAAAGAUAACAAAGUAUAACAAAGACAAAGAGGAACUGAGACGAGAGAAAGAGGAGGUGAUCCAGAAGAUAGAGAAGCUGAACAAAGAGAAAGAGGAGCUGACCAAUGAGAAACAGAAAGUGAGUGAAGACAAAGAGAAGUUGAAGGAGGAGCAAGAGGAGCUGAGAAAAGAGCAAGAGGAGUUGAGAAAAGAGCAAGAGGAGAGGAGAAAAGAACUAGAGAACCUGGAAAAAGAGCAAGAGUUGGAAAUGAUAAAGGCUCUGGCAAAUAUGACAGAGGAGCAGAUAAAUAUAAUGAAGGAGCUGAUUGAAGAGAGAAAGCAGCUGAAUAAAGAAGAAGAGGAGUUGGUCAAAAAAGAAGAGGAGCUUAUUGAGGAGCUUAAAGAACAUCUGAGAAAAGACAAAGAGGAGCUGAGAGAAGAGACAGAUGAGCUGAGCAAAGCAACAGAUGAGCUGAGGAAACAGACAGAUGAGAUGAACAAGCAGACAGAUGAGGUGAGCAAAUGGAAAGAGGAGCUGAUCAAAGCAAAAGAGGUGUUGGAAAAAGAGACAGAGAAGCUGCUUGAAAAGCAAGAAGAGCUGGAGAAAGAGAAAAGGGAUCUGAGCAAACAGGAAGCUGAGCUGGCUAAAGAGGAAGAGGAGCUGAGGACAAAGGAAGAGGAGCUCAACAAAACGAAAGAUGAGCCGAAUAAAGAGAAAGAAGAGCUAGACAGAAAAAGGAAGGAGCUGAUCAAAGAGGAGGAAGAGCUGGACGAAAAGAGAAAGGCCCACGACAGAGAGAAAUGGGAGCUGGACAACAAAAGAACGGAGCUGGACAAACAAAGAGAGCAUCUGAAGAACAACAAAACUGAGAGGAAUAACGAGAUGGUGGAGCUGAGAUUAGAAAAACGUGAGGCACAGUCUCGAUGCAGGGAGAGAAAUAUCCUAAAAAAAAUCUAUGACUUCGUCAUGAAGCAUAAACAGUUUCCAGUUGAAGAAUUCUGCCCUCUAAAUAUGAGACCAAAAUGUCUGGAUUGCAGGAAAGGCUGGAUUUCCAAUAGAAACCGCUGCUACCUCCUUUAUGAUGUCGAUACUAUGGGGAUGAACUGGAACUAUAGUUAUCGUUUCUGUAUAAAUAAUGCUGCAUACUUGGUUGUAAUUAAUGAUCUGGAGGAGCAGAAAUUUAUCAACGAUAUAGCCCCUUUCUACAGACCUUCGUAUGGAUACUGGAUAGGGUUACAUAGAAUGAGAGACACAUGGCUCUGGAUUACUGGACGUAAUAACACCCUUGACUUCUGGACGAAGAACCAUACCUAUACUUCUGGAGCAGUACUGCAUUUGCCAGGACAAAAACUCGGAGAGAGCUGGAUAGCAGCAGAGAAAGGGGUGCGAAACAGAUUCAUCUGUGAGAAUGGGAGGAUUUAUUGGCUUAACACUGUUCUAAAGUUUCAAUGAGGAAUACUCAACUGUCUCUUCAGUUUUUGGUAAAUCUCACAAAUAAAAACACAAUUUCAGCUGUUGGA